UACUUGGAACUCGAUUGGGUGGUGGAUAUCUCUUCCAUGGCCGGAGGUGAGAUACACCGGGGUGAGAUCUACCGGCUCUGGCUCUGGUGGAGCCGUCGGUGGGGAGCGGAGAGACGACGCGCCACCGUCAUCUGGCUCCUCGCCGCCGCCUUCGUGGUACUCCUCCUCGCCGCUGGCUCCCGGGUCGGCGACAAUGCUCUCAGCGAACCGGCGGCGCAUCCGUCCUCGGCUCCAGCUCUCGUCGAGCUCACCCUAGUUCACGACGCCGAGGCGAAGGGUGCAUUAUGCUUGGAUGGGAGCCCGGCCGCGUACCAUCUCACAAAAGGUUUCGGCUCUGGGUCAGACAAAUGGAUCGUGCACUUGGAGGGUGGAGGUUGGUGCCUAUCUUUGGAUUCUUGCUCUUAUAGGAAAUCUACACUAUUAGGUUCAUCAAACUACAUGGAACGCCAGAUUUCCUUUGUUGGCAUUCUGAGUAGCAUCCCAUCACAAAAUCCUGAUUUUUAUAACUGGAACAAAGUCAAGGUACGGUAUUGCGAUGGUGCAUCAUUUUCUGGGUAUAGAGAAAGUGAGGUGCAGAAUGGAACAAUACUUUUCUUUAGAGGCCAACGUAUAUGGGAAGCAAUAAUGGGUGAACUCUUACAGAAAGGACUUGCAAAUUCCAAAGAGGCUCUCCUCACAGGAUGUUCUGCUGGCGGUCUUGCUACUUUCAUUCAUUGUGAUGAUUUUCGUGCCCUUCUUCCUAAUGUGGCUACUGUCAAAUGUUUUGCAGAUGCUGGUUUUUUCCUCAAUGAGAAGGAUAUAUCUGGGAAAAGGUUCAUUCAGUCACUCUAUAGUGAUGUGGUCCAACUUCAGGAUGUAGGAAAUAAAUUUCCAGACUGCCUCUCUAGGAUGGAACCAUCUCAGUGUUUCUUCGCAGAAGAGAUUAUUAAGAGUGUGACAACACCAUUUUUCAUCCUCAACGCAGCAUAUGACUUCUGGCAGAUUCGAUACAUCUUGGUGCCAGCUGAAUCAGAUCCUGAAAAAGCAUGGCUAAGAUGCAAGCAGAGUAUUCAACAUUGUGAUUCCAACCAGCUACAAACCCUGCAAGGAUUUAGGAAUGCCAUGCUUAGUUCCUUGAGUGAGUUUAAGCAGAAGAAGAAUGGAGGAAUGUUUAUUGAUUCCUGCUUUGCCCACUGUCAAUCUAUGGACGGUUAUACAUGGCAUUCGCCAAAUUCUCCACGCAUUAACAAUAAGACAAUCGCUGAGGCUGUUGGAGACUGGUUCUUCGAUCGUAAAGAAACCAAAGAAAUCGACUGCCCGUAUCCCUGCAAUCCUACAUGUUACAAUGUGGAUCUUUCUCAACUUUCCAGGUAAUAAGAAUUUUAUUUCUGAUGCCCUCACUGGCUGUCUCAAAUUUGAGGAAAGUACUUCACUCAAGCACAAUGUUACAGUGAGUUAUUCAUUAUUGUCAUCCUUAACUGUAAAUAACCCUAUGCAUUCGUGUCAAACAUCAUAUGCCACAAUAUAUCGAACCACAUCGAUAAAAUACCGAAGCUUAUUUAGCAUUAUAGGCAGCAUGUGAGACGAAGUUUAAGUUAGUGGGAUAUUGUUAGGUGGGAUAGUGUACAGUGAAGUGACAUUUGAGUGUUUGUUGAGACAAUAUUGAGCCAAUUGAGUAUCUUCCUUCUCUAAUAAAUUUAAAUAAAAUAUUAAUUUAAAUUAUCCCUCUAAUAUUGUUUUGACACUCGAGACAAAUUAAUAUAAAAAUAAAGAUUAAAUUACAUGGAAAAGAACUAAGUACCAACUUUUUUCCCCCCACAAAUCUCAUUCACCAAAUUAGUCAUCAAAUUAAAUUAUGUUGUUAAAAAUUGAUUUGGUGAAUGAUUGAGUCAUUAGGGAUAGAGACGAGUCAAAUCGAGUCCUAUUUUAAGAAAAUCGACACCACUCCACUCCACUUGAUUCAAGGUAUUAAAGAAAUUGAGCAUGCAUCUGAAAUCCGAUUGGAUUUUAUUUAUAUUUAUUUCAAAUUUUGACAUGCUACAUUUUGAUUCAAAACUCUUCUUUAAUUUUCCGUAUACUUCCAAUAAUUAUCAAAAUUUCAGUAUUCAGCAGUCUGACCGAAGCUCUGCAGGAUCAAAUUAGUGAGAUUUACGAAUCCUGUCAGGGGCGUUACGAAAAAGUAAACCAUGCGGCAACAUGUUGCAUUUAAGUUCACGGGCUCAAAAUCCGUGUGGGCCCUCCUCCCAACCUUAUCAAUAACUACUCAUAACCUACCCAACUGCACUCCGGUUCUACUCAACUACCUGGAUUUCCACUGGGACCCUAUUAGGUCACCCAAUACUCGGCCGGGUACUCGUAGGACCGACAUUGAAAAUUGCAACAGGCAGAUCGUGGCCAUGCAUCUGAUGACCUCUCUCAUCCUUAAUGGUGGCAUGCUGCAGUCUUGGAGCGGAGACGGAGACGUCUCUCUCUCUGCGGCUGUGGCAAACUGGCAAUGGAGUUUGAAGGGAAGCCUCCUCGCUCUCUCCGCCUUUCCACCGAGUACGGAGCCAUGGGGGAGGAUUCUGGCAACGCUGCUCAUGGACAGGGGACACAUUAAUGUCUGCUUGUACUCCGCAGUGAUCCAACAAACCGAGGUACCGGCUUUUCCACUCUUCCAGCUCCCAAAUCUACUCCUUGUCGCCCGGACCCUGGACGCCUCGUCUGCCAAUUUCUGGUAGAUAGACUGAAGCGGCUGCUUUGUGUCGCUCUGUGGUAUCAAAUUAGGG